UCCAAGUUGGCGAUUCUCAACUUUCUCUCUCUUAAACAGUAGAUUAUGAGAGAGAAGCUUCUCUCCCCUUCCAUUUCCCUCUCGAUUCUUUCGCCUUUGCUUUCGAUCCUUUGCUAGAGAACCUUAUUCUCUCUCCCUCUCUCCCUCUCUCCCUCUCUCUUUGUUUUUCCCUUCAAAUUCGCUUCGUUUUUUAUUUCCAAUUUCAUUUUCUUCCUAACCGCCUGGUACGAACACUAUUCCUUCACCCUCUCUCUCUCUCGUCUUUCAUUUUAGUUUCCGCUUCUUUUUUUUUUUUUUAUUGUUGUUGCCCAAUUUUCGAAUCGUGUAUGUAGCAUUCGAUCAUUCUUAAAAUUUGCUAACCCGUGGGUUUUUUUUAAAAUUAUUUUUAACUGACAAUUGAGGAAAGGAUACCUCGUUGGAUGUGCUUUGUUGCUCCGAAGUUGAAAGUUUCAAUCUUUCUCCCAUUUUCGUUAGUUUUCUCGGCUUUCAAACAGAUGGGCAUUUUUUGUUUUAUCCCUAUUUUUACUGCUUAAUUUUUUUUGGAUUAAAAAAAUAUAUGGAUUAGGUGGGAUGAUUGGAUCUAAGAUGGAUGCGUAUAGUUUUGCUGCAUGUGCUUCUUAUCUUAACUCCAUGUUCUGAUUAAUAUUAUAUUAAUGUUACUUUGGUAGUUGUCUUUGCUAGCUGUUGCCUCUCACCACGUUACUUCCUUGUGACCGACUUAUAUGAAUCUCUUACUUUGUUUGCUUUCUUGCUGUUCAAUUAUUUAUUGCCAGAUGCACUUUGGUCUCUCAAACUAAAUUGUUGGAUUCAUUACUCCAAUUGCGAGUUGGUUCUGUUGGAAUAUUGGAAAUGGCAAAAGGUAGCAGGGGACGACAUAGGAUUGCUUCUCGUCAGUACAGAUUGACUCCGUACCCUCUGGCUUCUUGCAAGAGGGAUAUUUGUGAGGAUAUGUGCCAAAAGAAAUGUUCUAAAGGUUUGGAUAAGAAAGAGUGGGAAGAUGUGACGUGUUCUGUGUGCAUGGAAUAUCCACACAAUGCUGUUCUUCUUCUUUGUUCUUCUCAUGACAAGGGUUGUCGUCCCUACAUGUGUGGAACUAGCUUCCGACAUUCCAACUGCCUUGAUCAGUACAAGAAAGCUUACACUAAAGUAAUUUCAUCUAGCAGACAACCCAUGCAAGGCUCGAUCAAUACUCCAGGUGUGCUACAAGAUUCGAACUUGCCUCUUGAGAAGAGUGAAGUCACAGAGCUUGCAUGCCCCUUAUGCAGGGGUCAGGUGAAAGGUUGGACUGUUGUGGAACCUGUUCGGGACUACCUGAAUGCAAAGAAAAGAAGCUGCAUGCAGGAUGACUGCUCGUAUGUUGGCAACUAUAAAGAGUUGAAGAAGCAUGUGAAAGCAGAGCAUCCCUUGGCACGCCCACGGAUGGUAGAUCCUGCUCAUGAACAAAAAUGGAGAUGGCUUGAGUGGGAGCGUGAACGGGAAGAUGUUAUCAGCACAGUAACAUCAACAAUGCCUGGGGCAGUGGUUUUUGGAGAUUAUGUUAUAGAAGGUCACCAUAAUAAUGACUUUGAUACAGAUGAAGAGGAGGGUGCCGAUAAUGCAGAAAGAAAUGGAAGAUUUCAGAUGGGUAUAGAGGCGAUGAAUUUCUUCCUCCUGUUGCAUGCAGUUCGACAAGGGAAUGACCUUAACAACCUUGGUAGGCGGCUGAGGCCAGAGCUGAUUCCCAACAGGGUAGCAAGUCAGAAUGUGGCUGGAGAGAUGGAUAUCUCAGAUGAAGACGAUGAUAAUAGCAGGUACAAUGAAGGUAAUGAUGAUGGGGUAUCUUUGGUUAGCCGUCUCCACCGCCAUGGUGGUGGCAGAGUAUUAUUGGGCCGAUCUGGCAGGAGGCGUAGACGUAGAGAAGCACAUGCAAGGAUCGGAGAUAGUUGAAGAUUGUGUAUGAAACAGGAGGUUGGAAAAGGACAAGUUUCUUAGGUAUAUAUCAGAUUAGAAAAUUUAGCACCAUACAGUGGUGGCUUAAUAACAUUUGAAGGGUUUUCUUCCCCCAAAACAGGAAAAUCAAAAGCUGGGCAUUUUUAUUUUUCAAUCAUGUUGUAUUUUCUUUUACAUGUACAUUCCUACCUUCCUCCUAUUACAUUUGCACAUUCCAAUGUGAAUUCACUCAUGUAUACAUUUGAUUUUAUGAAAUCUUUGACAAAAUGUUG